AUGGAGACUUGGCUGCCGCUGGACUGGUCUGGGAGAUUUCUGAGUACCGGCAAUGGUGGUCUGGGAGGGUGCAUUCAAUACGAAGACAUCCAGUACGCCACCUCACUGGGUUUCGCAACUGUCGGUACUAACAACGGACACGACGGCGGAGAUGGAUCGACAUUUACUCAGCUCGAUGUUGUAGAGGACUAUGCCUACCGUGCGCUACAUACUGGUGUCGUCCUCGGCAAGCAAGUCUCCAGAACCUUCUAUGGCAGACCCCACACAAAAAGCUACUACCUAGGCUGCUCUACGGGUGGACGUCAGGGUUUCAAGGAGGCCCAGAGCUUCCCUGACGAUUUUGACGGCAUCGUUGCAGGCGCUCCGGCAUUUUCUUUCAACAAUCUUACGUCCUGGAGUUCAUUCUUCUAUCCCUUGACCGGUCCACCGACCGCCGAUACCUUUGUGCCAUUUAGUGUAUGGCCCUUGAUCACGAAGGACAUUCUGAAGCAGUGCGAUCACCUUGACGGCGCUGUCGAUGGGAUUCUGGAGUCUCCAGACCUUUGCAACUAUGAUCCAUCUGAUCUACUCUGCGCCGAGGGUCAAAAUAGCCCCAUAUGCCUGACGCAAACACAAGCAAAUACGGUGCGAAGCAUCUACUCUCCUCUACGCGACGUCGAAGGGAGCUUUGUCUAUCCUGGCAUGCAACCCGGCGGCGAGUCCACCGAGGCUGUCUUCGCCAUGUUCAACGGCAAACCUUUUGGUGCGUCAGACUGGUGGAAGUACGCUGUCUUCAACGACUCGAGCUGGGAUCCCCUGACGUUGAAGAGGGAGGACUUUACUGUCGCUUCGCACCUCAACCUCUUCAACAUUGACACGUGGGAGGGCGACCUUUCAGCGUUCCAGAGGAAGGGCGGCAAGCUGCUUCACUACCACGGCCUGACUGACGGUAUCAUCACCAGCGAGAACUCACCUCGAUACUACGAGCAUGUUUCGCAAACCAUGGGGCUUUCUCCUCCCGAGUUGGAUGAGUUUUAUCGCUUCUUCCGCGUUUCGGGCAUGGCGCACUGCUUCGGUGGACCUGGUGCCAGCAACAUCGGCAACGGAGGAUUCACCCCGCCAGCCAGCCUCGAGCCUGAAGAGAACGUUCUGAUGGCCAUGGUGCAAUGGGUGGAGAAGGGCAUCGCGCCGGAGUAUGUGGUCGGAACUGCCUUUAUCAACGGUACGCAGAGCGCUGGGGUUGAUUACAAACGGCGACACUGCCGCUGGCCCGCGCGCAACGUGUAUCAGGGUCCCGGCGACGUCAAGGACGAGAAUAGUUGGGCGUGUGUUCAGUAG